AUAUUUAGAUGCGAAAUGCUGUACAAAAGAACGAUUUUAAUCGCUUCUUGCAAAGAGGACGCGAUCCAUCAUAUUUUCCGAACCAAUCACAUUUUUCAACGCAUUCGUCAAUGUUUUGUCACUAUACUAUUACGCGCCAAUUAUGUUCUUUGCUAUCGGCGACGUCAUCGUGACGUCCACCAGUCGCGCGCGCUUGGAGAGAUUUCAGCUCGCUUUAGGAACGCACUGAACGCGCACAACCCCACCCAUCGCUCCGUGACAAAUGCAACUUUUACUUCCGGCUGCGUACACGGCCAUCGCGCUUGGUUUCGUCGAUUCGUUCUCCGAGUGUCCUUGCACCGUUCAAGUUUGUCGUUCGUCGCGUUCUGCCCUACGAUCAACACCUGCGCUCCGCAGUUCUAUAUCAUCCGAGGGAUCUCUUUUGUUUGUCGUAUGUCCAUCCAGAAUCUCAACACAUUCGACCCCUUUGCGGAUGCAAUCAAGGGUUCAGACGAUGACGUCCAAGACGGCCUCGUGCAUAUAAGAAUUCAGCAGCGGAAUGGUCGCAAGACCCUAACAACGGUGCAGGGACUCUCCUCGGAAUAUGACUUGAAGAAAAUCGUGAGAGCAUGUAAAAAGGAGUUUGCCUGCAAUGGGACAGUAAUCGAGCACCCAGAGUACGGGGAGGUGCUGCAGCUGCAGGGGGACCAACGAGAGAAUAUAUGCCAGUGGCUAACAAAGUCAGGUCUGGCAAAACCUGACCAGCUGAAAGUCCAUGGUUUUUAAAUCGACUUAACAGCAACAACAACAAUCAUCCAUGCCACAACCUACAAUCUACAACAACAGACAGCUCCGCCCCUUGUCAGCGCUUCAUCAUUGUCUUAAAUUGAAUCUGUAUAUCAGUUACUAAACUCCUCGUGGGAUAUCCCGAUUAUAUUAUCACAUCAGCAUAUAUAUAUAUAUAUAUACAUAUAUAUAUACACAUAUAUAUACAUACACAUACGCGCGCAUAUAUAUUUCAACAAUAAAAAAGAAAACAAAACGAAGAGAGAAGUAAACAGUAGAGGAUAAAAGCAAAUAAAACAAAGAUAGAAAGAAGGAAGGAAGGAAAGGAGAUAAUAGCAAAGAAAGGGAGGAUAUAGUCGUACAACCGGCAUAUAGGCAUUAUAUCUAUUCUGAUCAGAAUCUUUUCUCGAGAUAAAAGCAAUACGUCACACUGUAAGCCUUAUGUUAGGUGAUAGCGAUCACUGAGGUAAGCUCCUGCCUUGUAGAGGGCAAGACGCACCUGAUUUUGAUAAUCAUUGUCGAAGAAGAGGAGGAGGAGGAGGAAGAGGAGACAUAGAUGAACAAGCGGUAAUUAGCAGCGCCGGAUGGAUGUUCGUUCUUGCGUUAGGUAGUAUGUAUCUGGGCGCGAUAGACGUGUUCCGAGAAGGCAGCAAAGCGUAAACCGUAGGUUCCCGAUUAAUUCGGCGCUCUCCCUUCCUCGGUGUCCACCAUUAACUCUAUAUCCCCCCUGUCUUGCAGCGAAGAACAUUUAGAAAAUUUUCUUUUUUUUUUUACUUUUAUGUCGAAAAUGGAAGAUGUUUCGUGCUCGUUUUUGAUUGUGAUAAUUUGUUGAAUAUUUGUAGGAUCAGAUUUCGAUUUUUCCUUUUCUAGAGAAGACAUCCUACCUUUACCCCGUGCAUCCUCUUCAUUCUUGUUUUUUUCCCCCUUUUUAAGCAGUACUAAUUAAACGGUGAAUUGUUUUGAAAUAAUAAUAAUGAGAAUUAAUGAAAAUGUGGCUGUUCUAGAUAAAUAAAUAUAAAAUACAUGAGUA